AUGGAUGAACUGUUGAUUGAGAGGCUUCAGGAGCGUGAUGAGACUGAAAGCCGGUUCAGCGAAUUGUUUGAGGAAGUGGUUCUGAGUAGUAAAGGGAUCGCUAAAAAGAGUUCAUCAGAGGACUCACUUAGACGGGCAGUUAGCCAAUUGCGCAAGGAACUGGGAGACAAGGAUGCUGAGAUAAGAAAGCUGAAAGAGGUGAUCAACGUUAGGAACAAAGAUUUCGAGAAGCUCAACGACGAAAUCAUCAGCUUGACCAUCGAAAACAACCUGACAAAUAGAAGGUUCACAGAGCUCGAAGCUGAACACAAUAAGCUGGUCAAAAGAUGGGUUGCGAAAGUGCAACAAGAGGUGGAUCGACUAAACGCAGGCUUUGGAUAG